CUUCUUCUCGCGGCCUCAUACCCGCGAAGAGUGAAGCAACGAUCCAACUGUUUAGGGUUUAGGGUUUAAGUAAGCGUGAGGGGGUCUAGUCUAGGGUCUUGGGUUCUCAAGCCCUCUCCCUCUGUUUUUCUGUCUGUAUGUGCUUGCCUCGUCUUGUCUCGUCUCGUGCUACAGCUUCGUGCCAAGGGUUGCAAUUCUCUGUGUGGGAAGGCAGGGCAGGCACUUGUCUGAGGUUUAUCCACCUGGGACACGAUGAAGAAAGAGAAGAUGGAGCGUCUUACAAAAUUGCAGGAGAUGCAGGAGGAGGAGAGCGAGGACGGGGAGAUGCAGGGCAGCGAUGACGAGGACAUGGAUGAGGAGGAGCUCACUGGGCUUGCAGCCAAAAUGGCUCGGCAAGCUAAGUUUAUGAAGCAGAGAGUGGGCAUGGAAGACGAUGAAGACGAUGAAGAAGAGGAGGAGAAGAAGAGUGCUGUGUGGGGAAAAGGGAAGAAAAUUUAUUACGGUGCAGAUAAUGUGGACUAUGAGCUUCAAUCUAGUGAUGAGGAGGCUCCUGCAGAGGAGGAAGAAGCAAUGAAACAACUGCAGAAGGAGAUAGCUGCAAAAAUGCGCCCUGAAGACUAUAACGAUGAUGAUUCGGAUGAAGAGGGGAUCGAGGGCGAAGAAUCUUUUGAGGAUGCUGCAAAAAAGGAGUCUCAACCAAAGAAAAAGAACAAAGUCGUAGAUAAAAUGGUCACAGACGGUACCAUUGAACUCAAGAAAGAUAUAGCGGCACUGUCUAAAGAAGAGCAGAUGGAGGUUUUAAUGAGCGAUGCUCCAGAGCUGGUGGGGUUAACGACAGAACUUCAGGAUAAUCUUAACGAGCUUCGGACAAAGGUGGCACCGUUGCUGGAAAAGGUGAGGGGAAGAAAAGGAGCAACCGAAGAAGGACUUAAUUAUUUGGAACUGAAGCACAUGCUACUUCUAAGUUACUGCCAAGCCAUUGUUUUUUACUUAUUGUUAAAAGCUGAGGGACAAUCUGUUAAAGACCAUCCCGUUGUUGGCCGCUUGGUUGACCUAAAAUUGUCAUUAGAAAGGCUCCGUCCGAUCGAGGAAAAAUUGCAGAAGCAGAUAGAGAAAUUGCUAAACUCAGACUUGAUCGAGGCUGAUGAAGAAGAAACAGAGGCCAAUGAAAAACGCGAGAAUUCUAAAGCUUCGAAGAAAGCAUCUAGUGAAGGGAAAUCAAAGAAUCGUAAAGCUGCCAUUGAGGAGACCGGGAAUGGAACAAAUGGUCAUGUUGAGGAGGCAGAUAAUAUGUUGGGAAUUGUGAGUAAACAAAUGUUGGAAGAGAGGUCUCGCUUGGAUGCUCGUACACAAGAAGGGAGGCAUGUUGCCCAUGUACCCGUAUCAAAUGCAGAGCGUAAAAAAGCUAAGCGCCUUAAGGCUAGCACUGGGAUGACAGGAACGGGUGAUGAUUUUGAGGAUGUUGUGGACAACGAUUCUGGAGUGUCGAAUGGACUUCUUAAUGCGAAGCCACGGUCACUUUCACAAGUCAUCGCUCAAGCUGGUAGACCUUUUAAGAAACCGCAGAUUAUUUCUGGUGAUGCUGAUUUACCAGUCAGGGAAGAAUUAGGAGAUCGAAGGAGAAAACUUGAAAUUCAGAAAACUAACAAAAAGAUAGCCAUGCAUGACUCUGAUGACCAUGAAAGCAAUGGAAGAGCCAGUUCUAUAGAGCCAGAAGAAGAUGAAUUCUAUAAGCAAGCUAAAUUGCUCAAGGAGGCCAAACAAGCUGCUAAAGAUUCAAAAUAUUCAAGAACGCUUCUGGUUCCCGUUGAAGAAGAAGACGCUGAGGGAAAACGGAGCAUUACUUGGCAGAUGGAGAAGAAUAGAGGGCUUACGCCUCAUCGUAAGAAAGCUAAUAAGAAUCCUCGCAAGAAAUACAAGCUUAAGCAUGAGAAGGCAGUCAUUCGUCGGAAAGGUCAAGUACGUGAAAUGCGACAAGCUACAUCGAACUAUGGUGGUGAAUCUACCGGUAUUAGAACCAACAUCAGUCGGAGUGUUCGGUUUAAAAACUAAACUUUUAGUCAAUUAUUGUAAGGGCAAACAAAAUUAUAAGCUGCUUAUUUCUAUGGCUUCCUUUCGAGAUCUUCAGCGGGUCUCCCGGUGCAACCUUGGUGUUACCCAUUUUAUGAGGAUAUUUAGAGUGUACCUUUUAGCUCCCGGAUACGAACAACCAGUUUUGCGCACUCUGAACCGGUUGUACCAUUAUGUAAGACGGCUGGUAUAGGGCUUGUGGCACCUUGCGAGUGGCAUGGUCAGCUCUACCUCCCCAACCAGCUCCACCCUUUCGCGCUACUGAAAGCGCAAUGAAGUGCGCUCUGCUUUUCCUCGUGUCC